ACACAUGUGUUGCACGUUGUGGACCUAACGGGUUUAGUUUAGGUAGUAAGUUUGUUGUUUGUUUGUUUUUUAAACUAGUUUAACAGGUUUGGAGUGAAUUUUACUGCAUGCCUACAGCAAGUAGGCUGGUUGUAUACUCUACUUGUGCUGUUACUUUGAUAUAUUUGCUUCAUUGUUAUCGAAAAAGACGUAAGCAUAGAGCGGCAAUCAGUACCAACCCGAUAAAAAUUAUUGAACAUCCUGUAUCUUCGUCACAAUCAAACGUCAGUGGUACGAAGUUCAACGAGGAAUCUUUUGUUAUUCAAGUAGUUACAAAUUUAGGCUUACCGUUGUUAGGAUUUACUUAGUGACAUUGAAUAUAACGAUCCACUUACCAUUCUCACAGCCUCUUUUGUUAAGGUACCUCUAAAAUUCUAUUUUGAUGUACAGACAAAAUUUACUGACGAACGUUUAGUAGCCUUAAAAGAACAGAACUUGGAAUUGGAAAGUAUUUCUUUUUUGGAAUCACUGCUGCCAGUAGCGUCAACUUUUUCCGACAUAGCACCCGCAUUGUUAGCAAUGGCAACCAGUCAAGCAGUAGUUUCUACCUUGAACAAUAGUUCUGUCUCGGGAUCCGAGUCUGAUCGAGCACUGACGCCCGACUCCAAUUGUGACUUUUGUGGAAUUACCCUUCCACCUGAAGGUUUCAGUGACCCUUCGAAUGACAUUUAUGAAGCUAAUCCCGAAGAGUUGGAUGGCAAAAUUUUGCCAAGAGUGCUCAUUCCUAGUGAUAUGUGGGCUCAGGUCGUUGAUAGAGAUAUCUGGCACGAGACAUUUUUAAUACCUGCCUACAUGGGUGGCGUUUUGAUUGGGCGGCUAGGAAAGUGAGUCUUCUAUAUUUUUAUCAUAUCCCUUCAGGAAUGUUAGAGAGCUGCGAAAUGUAUGGGAGGCCGAAUUCAGUUUAAAUACUUGCCCAGGAAAACAAGACACUCUGAUCUUCAAAUUAUCAUGCCCGCUUAGACACAAAAAUGAUGUACUACGCUGGGUAUCCCAUCGAUUCAGAAUGAGACCUUCCAAGACAACAAUUGGCAACCCAAACCAACUAAAGCGUCAACUUCCUCUAGGUGAACCGGUUCCGGUGCAGAUUCGUAGUCUUUAUGGUUCAAAGGAAUUGUUCGUAACAGUACCGGACGAAGAGUACAGUAACUAUCUAGUUAUGCAGGAAGAGCUUGAAAAAGAUUACUCAACCAACAACAAUUACCGUAUGCAACUUUGCGAACCCGUGACAUCAGGGACAGUUGCUGUAGUUCCACAUAGUCAGGGAUUUGCAAGGGCGCUUAUAAUUAGUGUUUAUCCUACCUGGCCGAAGGUAGCGUUCUACUACUUGCUAGACCAUGGGACAUUCGGUAUUGUGCAGUUAAAUAAAUUAAGAAAAAUCAGGGCUAAAUAUAUGAAGGUUCCUUAUCAAGCGAUUCAUGUUAGCUGGGCCCACGCAUUCCCUGUUUAUUCGGAUAUUCCUGAUUUACACAUACUUCGAACAUUCUUUAAUAGUGGUCGCGUUCAUGCAUUUGCUGUACGUAUGGAGACGUGUUGCCGAGCUUCUGUGGCAUUCGGCGAACCAUAUUCACAACCAUACUCAUCUCAUGGAUUUCUCGAUAUUCUAGUCAAUGCUUGUAACAGUGGACUGUUUAUAGCUGUUCCUCUUCUAAUUUAUCCCAAACGACAAUCUUGGUUAAAUGGUUCGUCGAUUCCGUAUUAUCCGUUUACAUACAGUUACAUCGAUUAUCAGUCAUUAGUGACUUUUGCUGUUGAGGAAGAUGACCAAGUGACCAUAGAUCAUUCAUCUUCCCAUAAUCGAAAUCCGAGUGAAGAUUAUAUUUGUCCAUCCAAACAUCAGAAUGGCAAUCAAAAAAAGUUCAAUAAAUCAAGCGAUAAUUACUACCGCUCACAGCCUUGUGGCCAGCGUCGUGGACUGAGAGGAUCUGCAACAGUCAGCAAUACUGGGAAUCGUCGACAAAAUCCAUAUGGACCAAAUCGUUUGCAAAAUGGCCCUCUGUUUGCUACUUCUCAGAAAGAAAACCAAUUUACAUCGGUUAGUGAGAAUACUAUUGCAUUAAAAUCCACAUCUAGUGGAAAUGAGCAAUUUGGCAGAAGUCAACUACGAAAACCGUUAUCAAAUCGUAAUAAUAGUGUAAGUAGUUCCAGGACUGUCUCAUCGAAUUCUGGACGAGCGGCUACAUUUAGUAGCCAUGAAUAAUAAUUCGGAUUAUUUCAUCUUGUCUCCUAAUGUUCUUGCUCUUCACAUAAGCUUCUUGCAGAAUUUUAUGUUUGGUGCUUUUGUCACUGUAUAUUCAUUUUUAAUCUGUGCCUUCUGUCACCCAUGUUUUCCUGACAUUUUUUAGUUUUUGUUUUUCGUACUUGCGCACAUAUUACUCACUAUAAUGGGACUUGAACUUCCCUACUUAUUUAGUCCAUAUGAUUUAAAAUUCAAGUAUUCAUAUGUUCUCUUAUAUUUUUGUUGAGUUCCUAUCAUUUUAUUUACUUUCCGGUAUAAUUUUUCUGUCCAUGCUGUGCUUAACUAGAGCAAUUGUUUUUCCUCGACAAAUGUAAUGUUUAUCGAUUAACCAAGGCGAAUAAAGAUGUUAAACUAAUCUAUUUUCAUCGGUACACA